AUGUUGGCCCUUCGCUUAACAUUGUUAGCCUUCCUUGCUGGGUUGCUCUACAGGGCUGUAGGCCAGCCAGUUAUCAACCGUGUUGACCCUUCAGUAGGCAGUCUUGCCGGAGGCACCAGGCUGGUAAUCUAUGGCAAUAAUUUUGGGGACAUGUACACCACUAGCAGCUCUGUUUAUGUAGGUCCGUAUCCCUGCAAUUUAAUCUCCCACUACUCGAGCAGCGAAGUGUUGACCUGCGAAACCAGCCCGGGCUCAGCCGGUACUUACCUGGUUUAUGUUUCAGUCGGCGACUAUGAACCCGCCAUGUAUGGAGGAUUCACGUAUACAAACGAUAUUACGCCAACUCUCAAGGCUGUCUUGCCGCGUGCGGGGCCGCCGGGAGCAGACGUGUUCAUAUACGGUGACAGGACCUGGUACAUGGCGUAUCGCGACUGCAUUGAGUCAAACUGGGGCGAUACGAGCUGCGUCGGCAGCAUUCUUUUCGGCGACUACCUCUGCAGGCAGGACCCAGCCGACCAAGACUCGCCCAUCAUCAUGACCACCAAUCAGCGGCUUGGCGGCUACCUGUACCGUAUCGGGUGCACUAUGCCAGCGCAGGACAGCAACAACACUCAGCCCGCCCUCGGCACGGCAGCCAAGUUGAAUGCGACCAUCCACUUUGAGGCCAGCAUGCGUGGUGGUGCACCGACUGCCCUCCCUUCGUCGUUCCUGUACGAUGUCGACAGCGUGCCCUACCAGUUUCAGCUAUACCCAGAGGUUACAGGUGUGUCGCCCGCGACCGGAUCGAAUGCGGGUGGCACCUUGGUCAAAGUCACCGGACGUGGGUUUCCCGACUUGAUGCUGGACUUGAAUGAUACGAUUGCCAUCUCUAUUGCCGGUGUGCCUUGUGACAUCGUGAACAGCACUUACGACACGCUCUUCUGUGUGACCGGCCCUAAGCCUGCGGCCACGGCAUCCCCUAUUGGCGGGUUGUACCCUGCAAUGCGUGGCAUCGAGUACGAGUUUUAUAAUGGCUCGCGGCUGUCAUAUGGAAAUCUUUGGCAGCUGAACAACACCAUCAAGGUGCAGGCUUUGAAUGGCUCUUACCGUGCCGUGCUGACGGGUUCCUGGGAAGGAAACGAAUAUUCCACGCCGUACUACUGCAGCCGCAGCAAAGCGUUUUUUACAGCUCCCCGCGCCGGGAACUACAGUUUCUACAUGUCCGCAGAUGACUAUGCCCAACUGAAUGGGACAUGGAAACAGUCCAAUGGCGCAUUGGUAUCGACCACACUCAUCAACCUUCAGUCCUGGACGUAUAUUGACAACUUCUUCCAAUACGCAUCGCAGCGGUCACCGGAGGUCACCCUGAGCGCAGGCCAGAGUAUACUUCUGGAGAUGAACCACUGCAACGGCCCCUCUGUCGGUGCCCCGCAGCUGGCCGUGCGCAUGCCAGUCCCAGAGCCGCGGCUGAACUCCCUAUCAGAGAUACAAAAGAUCUCUAUCUCUGCGACCUUUUUUCCUCGCUCAGUUGCCAUCAAAUAUCUGUAUGGUGCUGGCGCCGCCAUGACUGCCUUCAACAUCACCAUCAGCGCCCUGAAUGACACUGCCCUGGAUGACCCGCAGAUCGGACUGUAUGUGCAGAUCAACGGCGGCUGGGAUAUUGUCCUUCCCUUGGGUGCCACCACCGGUGCAAUGGAUGACCUGGUGGAAGCCUCCCUCGGUGGAAACUUCACCAAGAACGACACCUUGUUUGGCAUCCGCAAGACCCGCGCUUAUGGCACGCUGACGCUGCAGAUGGCUGCUUUGGAUGGAUCCAUGGGAAGCUUCGAUGUGACUGCAGCGAGAUUGGUCCUCCUUCCCCCGCCGCCGCCGCCCAUGGCCAACACCUGCCCUUCUAAUAGCAGCACUGCUAUCAACGUCACAUCUAUCUAUCCUCCUCCUGCUCCUGAGGCACUACAGAGUGUUGGUACUGGUUUUGCAGUUGUUGUGUCACGAGCCCAGGCGGUCCCUGCGGUCGUUCCUACAGGCGACUUCCUGUUGGGGCUUUACGGCAGCGUCAACACAUACAACGUGUCAGCAACUUCCAACUCCACAGCGAUGGUUGCUGCAAUCCAAAAUGUGACUGGUUACAACUCCUAUUACUAUUCGGUGAACGUAGCCGAUACACGUGAAGGUGCCUAUUUUGCACGCAUCUGGAACAUCACCUUCACCUACUCGUGGUUGGACAACGUACCGGCACUGGUGGUCGGGCCUUCAAGUACGACACCCCCGGGCGCAUUACUAGCAAUGGAGUCACGCAGCGCCAGCCCGCGCCUGCAGGGCUCCUUCAAGGUGGCCUUUGGCAGCAGCUGCGCAUCUGUGAAAAUCAACCUUGGAGACUCCUCCGAAACAAUUAAGGCCGCACUGGGCAGCCUGCCGGGCCUGGCGCCACCGAAGCAGGUUGAUGUCUCAGGCGACGGUACCAGCGGCUACGUUUACACCAUCACCUUCGACCCAAUCAAUAAUCCUGGAGAUCAGCCGGAGCUGCGCAUUGCGGAUGCAAGCGACCUCCAGGGUGUGAACCCCACGGGUAGCAUCACGACUGUGUGGAAUGGCACCACUGACGCCUUCUACGCGCCCAUCCCGACGGAGUUUCUGCGCCUGGCUGUUUCGCAACCUGGGACCAUCAACUUGCAAGUCAACGGCGUGCCAUCGGCUUGUGCGGAUGCAAGCGGCAUCUGUGGGUUUUUGUACUCUGAUGCUGCCACCCCACGCAUCACAGGCGUAUCACCGACUAGACUCGCAUUCAGCAGCCAGGCGAGCUUGCCCCUUACCAUUACUGGUUCUGGUUUCAGCAGUGGCCCCAGUGUGGAGGAGUAUUGCUGGUCACUGCCAGAGACGGCUCGGGCACGAUGCGAUGCAACAGGUUCCGCCACAUGUAACUUUGGGUACUCGACCGAGCUGACACCUGCUGUGGACUAUCUGUACCCGAGCAGUGGGAGCCUGGGGACUCGCAUCACAGUCGUGGGCAGCUACCUUGACACGGUGACCGAGGUCCAGUUCCUGCAGGGUGGCGUGCUCAAGGGCACCGGGAGCAACGUCGACACCACUUCCAUGUACGUUUUCUGCGAUGCUCCCGAUCUGCCACCGGGUGUUUACACGAUUCUCCUGCUCAAGGCGAAUGGCGAGAAGUCCGUGGAUCCGUAUGGCAAAGGUACCUUUACCUUUACGGCCUCAAUCGACAGCGUAACCAGCAAUGUGGGGUCGCUUGCGGGUGGGCUGCCGCUGGUGCUUUCAGUUGGCGGCGCCGGCCUGGCCGUCGGUCCGGACAACUUGACCGCCAAUGCGAUAACGAUUGCCGACUUGCCUUGCCCCAUAUUGUCGGUAAAGGACCGCACGGAAGUGACCUGUCGUGCGCCAGGCAUUAACGGCUACGUGUCUGCUGAGUACUGGAAUUUGGGAGUGUCAACUUUCUCCAUGCCCGACAUCUUCAGCUUCACAAAGCCCCGUAUUUCCCGGAUUGAGAAAGGCACAUCUUUCUCGUGGGGUACCAAGUCGCCAGAGCCGGGCGUGAUCAACUUGGACUAUUGGGCUGCUCGCUUUACCUUUUACUACCAGAUUUCUGUAACGGAGAACGUGACCUUCUACAUGUAUGCUGAUGAUGAUGCACGCCUUUACAUCGACGAUGUCCUGCUUGGCGGUCGCUAUACCCCACUGGACACAAUUCUAUACCCUGGCAUGCGCAAAAUGGUCAUCACGUACGUGGAGUAUACCAGCAUGGCGUCUCUCUCUGUGUUGGUCUCCAGAAGGCAACCUGAUGGAUCGCGCGGACCCUUCGCUAACUUGGAGUGGCAGAAGGUUACACCGGUACCUCCAGGAACGCCACUGCCAGUCAAGCUUACAGUCAACGGCAUUGACUCCGUGACACAGUGUCCCGUCACCAACCUGACAGUUGUGCUGCCAGGCCAGCCGAAGGCGCCGUUUGAACCGUCGUGGGUGCAGACGCCCAACACAACAUGCUCUUAUGUGUACUCAAUUUGUCGCACACCGUCACUCUCAAUAUUGAGCGGGAUUACGUUGAGUGGUAUCAUGCAGCCCACCUUCAACAGCACCAACACAACCUUGAGCAUCUUUGGCGAUUUCCUGACGGACCCAAGCCUACCCGCCGCGUCCCAGAUCAGCGUCACUCUGGCCAACCAGCUGUGCAGCAUUGUUGGUGUCGCACCGGUGACGGUCAACGGCACCAACACAACCAAUAUCAACUGCACGGCGCCCGCCUUGCCGGCUGGGCAGUGGCCUGUUAGCAUUAUGGUUGAGGGCCUGGGUCUUACACGCCCCACAGCGACAGCUGCGACGGACUUGCCAAUCGUGACCUAUACGGUCAGGGUUCUUAAUUACACCUUCAACAACCCCAACUCCAAGUGCUAUUUCUCCCUGUUUGGUGGCGGCACCUUCAACAUCACCGGGUAUGGGUUUGUGAAGGACUUGGUCGAUACGACACUUCAAGUCAACAUGACGGCUGCUUGGGAAACCGUCUUUUGUGGCUCAGGAUUUUCGAACUCGCCACCGUGCCAGGCUGUCAACUCGUCACGCCUGAAUCUUGUGCCGCUGGCAAGCGACGGCUUCACUGCAUCAUUUGGGCUGACACGCUUCAAGGUGCCUAAUCCUGAAGCCUUUGCCGGUAACAACAGUAUCAGCGGAGUCAACUUGCGGUAUAAGCCGCGGGUAUAUUACACGAGCAACGGCACAUACGCUGCGACUGCGGGCGCUGAGCUCCUCUACUUUUGUGGUGGCCGCACGCCCGCCCUGUCUGGCGUGACGCCGUUAUCUGCACCACCCGACGCUGGUGCAACCCUGUCGCUGACCUGGUACUUAUCGGGAGUUGGCACGCUAAACAACACUAUCACGGCACCGGCUGCCAAGAACGGCGCCAGCAAUGCCACGGUUGAGUUUGAGGUCGGGCCGACGGUGCUGCCCUGCCGCAACCCAGUUGUCACGGAUUUCAACAUCACCAGCACCACCUAUCGCGAGGCGAUUUCCUGCACCAUGCAAACUUACAUGCCGGCCGCGACGUAUACGCUAUGGCUGUGCAUCCAGCCUUUUGGCUGCGGUCUUUUGCCUGCUUACACUGUACCCCUGACCAUCACUGCUAUGUCUGCAACUACUGGCGGGAGUGCUGGUGGUAUUACCGUGGUCAUUACCGGCAAGGGGUUCGAUACCAACACCACGCUUGUAUCGGUGCGCUUUGGCAACAGCACAUGCAAGGUCAUCAGCAGCACCGCUACAUCGCUGACCUGCGUUACCGGUCCCCUGGACACCAAGCCAGUGAGCCCAGUGACGUGGCCCUUGUCAAUUACGCCCACUGCCGGCACCAACGAGACCACCCUGUCGAGCUUCACUUUCACUUUUGACCCAGCCCUAGAGUCGACAGUGAGCGGCAUUGUCCCGGCGCGCGGCUCCACUGAAGGUGGCACACCCGUCACUAUUACGGGCGCAGACUUCCGUACCGGCGUGAGCACCACUGUCAGCAUUGGCGAUGUCGCUUGCCAGUCGGUUGUGGUCGUCAACAGCACCGCCAUCACCUGCACUACCGGUAAGCCGCCCAACAGCAUCCUUCGAGUUCCGCUGCCGGUGACGGUGCUGCAGCAGGGCCGUGGCUAUGCACGCAGCUCGGCUCAGUACCAGUACAUCGACGUGUGGAGCCGCAACAGCACGUGGGGUGGUGGACCCCUGCCCGGCUACGAGGACUCGGUCGUAAUUCCAGCUGGCGUGACGGUCCUCCUGGAUAUCAGCCCGCCGAAACUUUAUGUGAUUGUCUUGGAAGGCAACCUAGUUUUUGAUGAUACCAAGGACUACAUUAACCUGCAGGCUCACUACAUCAUUGUUAAGGGGGGCAAUUUCACCAUUGGUAGCGCAGAGAAGCCCUACCCCGGCCGCGCCAACAUUACCAUGCAUGGGGCCCCAAAUAGCAGGGAUCUUCCGAUGUAUGGCGCCAAGGCACUGGCCGUGCGGCAAGGCGACGGUAUUGAGUCUGGCAACCUCAUUGAAGGCAACCUGGCCAUUCAUGUCAAAGUAUCAGACGCGCUGCUCAACACCGAUACCACCCCAGCCGCUUUCUGGAUUACCAAUCCAAACAACACAGUGCGCAACAACGUGGCUGCUGGUUCGGCGGCUUAUGGGUAUUGGUAUCGCAUGCUGGAUAAUCCCGAGGGCCCGUCAUACACGACGACCAUCUGCCCCAAGUUUACACCCCUCCUAGAGUUCACCAACAACACCGCCCACUCGAGCAUGUUUUACGGACUGCGUAUCCAUCCAGAGUUCUACCCCCGUAACAUCCCGUGCAACGGGUUUUCUGGAACGUUUGAGCAAGUGCCUGCGGUGUUCAACGGCCUGGUGGCCUAUAAGAACGGCAUGAAGGGCGCCGUCGGCACUCAGGUUGGCUUGGUGCAGCUUGUCAACGUGAUAACAGGCGAUAACGGUGGUGGGCCCAAGCAGCACGUUGUCAACGGCAAGGACCAUGGUGGCGAUCUUGAAUUGUCAUGGGUGGUCGACGACCGCAGCCGUGUGGGGUUACAGAUCACAGAGAUGGCCGGUAUCGUGAAUGCUACCAUUUACGCGCGCACCAGUGUUGGAAAGCGCGGUAAUGCUGGUCAGUGGCCCUCAUGCCGCCGUGUGGCGGGUAUCAUUACACAGAGUCCCGUCCUAGGCGACUCGAAGCACUCUGCAUUAAUGAGCCUAAUCAACGUAACAUUUGUGGACUUCAAGGGCUGGGAUGACUGCACGCUAUUCUCCAUGUUGGAGGCAUGCGGCAAGUGCAAGACCUUCCAGGGCGGCUCUACCACAUUCACAGCCAACAUCUCUAUCAUCACAUCAGACAACAGCAGCUCCAUGAUGUCAUACUGGAGCUGGGGCCACCAGGGCGUCUACCUUGACACAGACGGCACGUUACUGAACAACAAGUCGCUGCCCGCUUCGCUCUUGCCUAAUGUGGGCACCAACGUAACUCUUGGCCCCGGGGCUACCUGGCAUUCGUCGGUCGAAAGCGAGCUGUUUGAUCCCAACGAAUGCAAGUAUGUGCGGAACACACGCACAAGCAACAACGGAGCAUAUUGCAGCCCCGGCUUGUCGUUCCGCCGCGUGAUGCUUCACGGCCACACCCCCGAGUCCAUCAUGUUCAAGGACCUCAUCCUUACUUCGUUGGCCACCAAUCGCACAUCUCUUGUGCACUUCACCAAGUAUAACGAGAACGGUUACCAGUUCACUGUCGCCACUACCCGCGACUAUUGGGUGCAAUGGGACAUGCCUUUCCGUUUCGACCCCGACACAUACCAGCUGCACAAGAUGGACUUGAUGAACACGAGUGACUACGUGUACAUUACCACAAAGCACAUUCAGGUCAAGGACCACUUCACAAUCAAUAACAACGACCAGUGGAACAACUUGACCGCGAUGCCGCCUCCCACCAACUCAACCCACGGCAUGUUCUACUACAACAAAACCAAGGCGCCUAAUUCCUGGUGGUGGAGUAACCGCACCUAUAACGACACCAAGUUUACAGUCUUUUUAGAUGGGCGCCUCGACACCACCCUCGACAUGAAGGCAUUCACCUGCCCUAACACAGGCUGCAGCAAUGUACCCGAUGCCGUUGUGGACAUCCGCGACGGCACAUUGUACUGGUCUAACACGAGCACCUGGAACACGAGCGCCGUGAACAACUUCCGCAAACCAGUAGCUGGCGACAAUGUGACCAUUCCGUACGGCUGGGACCUGGUCAUUGACGAGUCACCACCGCCGCUGCUGGCGCUGACCGUUCAGGGCAAUUUACGCUUUGACACCACGCGGGACAUCAACCUGACCGCUACCUAUAUUAUUGUCAUGGGCCAGGGUGUGCUGAGCGCUGGCAGCGCCACGGAGCCGCACCCCGCCAAGGCCACUAUUCGGCUGAACGGUGCUCGCGACACACCCGAUUAUGGCAUUGAUAAUAACCUUAACUUGGGCUCCAAGGUGCUGGCAGCUCUUUCAGGAGGCACAAUCAACCUGUACGGCAAACCGGCCCGUAAGCGCUGGAUCAAAUGCAACUCCAGCGACAAAAUGUGGGCGGGGAAGGUGCUGGGCUUGUACCGCUACAGGUCGCCAUUGAACAGGGAUAAGUUCGAUGUGGUGCUGGAGGUCGAAUGGCAUGCUCCCCUGCUGGGGAACAACAGUGAUGCCGAAGUUGCAGUCAACCAGUUCAUGAAUGUCCCCUUGGUGGACACCAGGGCUGCCAUAAGCGGGCGCCCUGUGUGUUCUUUCAAGAAGCUACAGCUUCAUGCGGGUGGCUGGCUGGGAGGCCCUGCAGCCGCAGACCCCAUGGGCGAGGUCACGGUAGCAGCACAUUAA